UCCAUCAGUAAGUUCUGUGCGAUGCCGCGCGAGAUCAUCACUCUACAAGCAGGCCAAUGCGGCAACCAGAUCGGUAUGGAGUUCUGGAAACAGCUGUGCGUGGAACACGGCAUCUCUGCGGACGGUAUCGUGCAGGAAUUCGCCACGUCAGGCAACGACCGCAAAGAUGUUUUCUUCUAUCAGGCAGACGAUGAGCACUACAUCCCCCGCGCGCUGCUCAUGGAUCUGGAGCCGCGUGUCAUCAACAGUAUCAGUACUUCGACCUUCCGAAACUUAUACAACCCAGAGAACUUCUUUGUAUCCAAGGAAGGAGGCGGCGCCGGCAACAACUGGGCGUCUGGGUAUCACCAAGGAGAAGAGCAUCAUGACCAGCUAAUGGAGAUGAUCGACCGAGAAGCCGACGGCUCGGACAGUCUCGAGGGCUUUGUACUGUGUCACUCUAUUGCUGGAGGCACUGGUUCCGGCAUGGGAUCGUACUUACUGGAGAACCUCAAUGAUCACUUUCCCAAGAAGCUCAUCCAGACGUACUCAGUGUUCCCCAACCAGUCGGAUUUCCAGAGUGACGUGGUGGUACAACCAUACAAUUCUCUACUAACCAUGAAGAGACUAGUACUCAAUGCAGACUCGGUGGUGGUUCUAGACAACACGGCGUUGAAUAGGAUCGCAGUGGAGAGACUACGCGUCGAGAACCCUACCGUGUCCCAGUUGAACUCUUUGGUGUCGACCGUCAUGGCUGCAAGCACCACGACGUUGAGAUACCCUGGCUAUAUGAACAACGACCUCAUUGGCUUAGUAGCGUCGUUAAUCCCGACUCCACGCUGCCACUUCUUGAUGACGGGAUACACGCCCUUAACGAUCGAUGCUCAAGUGUCAGCAGUGAGAAAAACGACGGUGCUGGACGUAAUGCGACGUCUACUACAACCUAAGAACAUCAUGGUGAGCACAUCAACCAAAACAGGUUGUUACAUCUCGAUCCUGAACAUCAUUCAGGGAGAUGUGGACCCCACUCAAGUGCACAAGUCGCUACAGCGUAUUCGUGAACGCAAGCUCGCGCGGUUUAUCCCGUGGGGUCCUGCAUCGAUCCAAGUGGCAUUGUCGCGCAAGUCUCCGUAUGUCGAGACUGCACACAAAGUCAAUGGCCUCAUGUUGGCUAACCACACGAGCAUCGGCGCAUUGUUCCACAAGCUGCUACUGCAGUACGAUCGCCUUAAGAAACAUGGAGCGUUCAUUGAGAACUACCGGAAGGAGCCAAUGUUCGCCGAGAAUCUGGAUGAAUUUGACAAUGCGCGCGAAGUGGUGCAGAAUCUGGUGGAUGAGUACAAGGCCAGUGAACGCGCCGACUACGCCACGUGGGGACAGCCACCGGCCAGCACCAUGGAAGACGUCCGUAUGUCCCACUAG